GGCGCUAGGCUGGCGGGGAGACUACAAGUCCCAGGGAGAGGCGGAGCGGGGCCCUAGGUGUACGGGAAGCGGUAGGCAGAGGUUAGCGGCGGGCAGCUUGGGGGUUUGGGUACAGGAGCCCAGGGUUAGGAGCCGCAGGUAUGCUGCGUCCCAAGGCUUUGACUCAGGUGCUAAGCCAAGCCAACACUGGAGGCGUCCAGAGCACCCUGCUCCUGAAUAACGAGGGAUCCCUGCUGGCCUACUCGGGCUACGGGGACACGGACGCCCGGGUUACCGCAGCCAUCGCGAGUAACAUCUGGGCCGCCUACGACCGGAAUGGGAACCAGGCAUUUAAUGAAGACAAUCUCAAAUUCAUCCUCAUGGACUGCAUGGAGGGCCGUGUAGCCAUCACCCGUGUGGCCAACCUUCUGCUGUGCAUGUAUGCCAAGGAGACAGUGGGCUUUGGGAUGCUGAAGGCCAAGGCUCAGGCCUUGGUGCAGUACCUGGAGGAGCCCCUCACCCAAGUAGCGGCAUCAUAAUGGGCGUUGAUGGAGGCUGGGGUCAGAAAAGAGAGAUGACCAGUCAGAGGGGCAAGGCCUCCUGGGCAAACCCUCCUGAACUGUGGGGGAAGGGUGGGCUUUUGUAUUUUCCAGAAUAAAUGUUAACUCCUGA